AUGCAUGUGACCCCAAGAGCUCCAAGUGGAGAGAAAAACACCUGCCAUAACCAAACAGUACAAGGAAUGGUAAAAUUUAUGCACAGCCCCAUACUACAUUUUGCAUUCAGUUCUUGGAUUGAGAAAACAAUGACAAAAACAAUACAGUGCCAUUGGGAAAGCAGAUCUGUUUUACAAUAGCAUAGUGCUGUGUGGAAAUUUUACCCAAGGAAACAAAUUAUCCCAGAGUUUGUUUAGAGUACAAUGAAAGUUCAACUUGUAAGAAUCGUUUGCUCUCUCUUGUGACUGAAGAAGAAGUGACUUUCACUUAGACCUUGAGUCCUCACCUUUCCUUUUUUCAGCAGCACCUAUCCCUCCACUUGAUCUGACCAAGAAGAAGGGUAAAAACUUCAACACCACUACAACACAACCUCACAGCGGAGUAAGGAAGUAAGGUUGCCUUCUUUAUGAUUGGGUGUCUGUGAAUGUGUGGCUGGCGCUGGAGGCUUGUGACCCUUAGAGUCCAUACAUGUAUCUGGAUGGUGGCUAGGACUUCCAGGCUCUCGAUUCCCACAGUCCCAACUUCAUGUUCUUCAGAGAUACAGCUACUAACAAUCAUCAACUGAACCCUAACAUCCAUUUUAAUCUGAGUUUCUUAAUACCUUGACGGUGUUCCUUUGUAUGUCCUGCACCCUUACAUUUAACCGAUCUAUAUCACACUUCGUACUUAUACCCCAUCCCAGAUUAAGAUGUGUAGUGAUGUCCCUACUCACCAAGUUAUUCUUGCCUUUAAGAUUCAAUUUGCAUUGUUUAUACGUAUCUUGCGAACACUACUAUUGAUCCAGAUACCAGCACUGUAUUAUCCACAGCAGAAUAAAGCUCGUAGAACGAAAGCCCGCUUUUAUACUGAGACCAUCUCUUGUAGUAACUCGACCACUGAUGUACGAAGAUCAGGUUAUCUUUCAAAAGAAUCUGAACACCCAACUGAAAAUAGCGAGGGUAAUUGUUGA